AUGGUGUCUAAACUGAGCCAGCUGCAGACAGAGCUUCUGGCGGCCCUGCUCGAGUCAGGCCUGAGCAAAGAGGCGCUGAUCCAGGCCUUGGGGGAGCCGGGGCCCUACCUGCUGGCCGGAGAUGGCCCCCCGGACAAGGGGGAGUCCCGCGGCGGUGGCGGUCGGGCGGAGCUGGCCGAGCUGCCCAAUGGGCUGGGGGAGGCAAGGGGCUCCGAGGACGAGACGGACGACGAUGGGGAAGACUUCACGCCGCCCAUCCUCAAAGAGCUGGAGAACCUCAGCCCCGAGGAGGCGGCCCACCAGAAGGCCGUGGUGGAGACCCUGCUGCAGGAGGACCCGUGGCGCGUGGCCAAGAUGGUCAAGUCCUACCUGCAGCAGCACAACAUCCCACAGAGGGAGGUAGUCGACACCACCGGCCUCAACCAGUCGCACCUGUCCCAGCACCUCAACAAGGGCACCCCCAUGAAGACACAGAAGCGAGCGGCCCUGUACACCUGGUACGUCCGCAAGCAGCGAGAGGUGGCCCAGCAGUUCACCCACGCAGGGCAGGGUGGGCUGAUUGAAGAGCCCACAGGUGAUGAGCUGCCGACCAAGAAGGGGCGGAGGAACCGUUUUAAGUGGGGCCCAGCCUCCCAGCAGAUCCUGUUCCAGGCCUACGAGAGGCAGAAGAACCCCAGCAAGGAGGAGCGAGAGGCACUGGUGGAGGAGUGCAAUAGGGCAGAGUGCAUCCAGAGGGGGGUGUCACCAUCGCAGGCACAGGGGCUGGGCUCCAACCUCGUCACGGAGGUGCGCGUCUACAAUUGGUUUGCCAAUCGGCGCAAGGAAGAAGCUUUUCGGCACAAGCUGGCCAUGGACACAUACAGCGGGCCGCCACCGGGGCCAGGCCCGGGCCCUGCGCUGCCAGCCCACAGCUCCCCGGGACUGCCCCCGCCCGCCCUCUCCCCCAGUAAAGUCCACGGCGUGCGCUAUGGACAGCCGACAACCAGCGAGGGGGCAGAAGUGCCCUCAAGCAGCGGUGGUCCCUUGGUGACGGUGUCUGCACCCCUACACCAAGUGUCCCCCACGGGCCUGGAGCCCAGUCACAGCCUGCUGAGCACUGAAGCCAAGCUGGUCUCAGCAACCGGAGGCCCUCUCCCCCCUGUCAGCACCCUGACAGCUCUGCACAGCUUGGAGCAGACAUCCCCAGGCCUCAACCAACAGCCCCAGAAUCUCAUCAUGGCCUCACUUCCUGGGGUCAUGGCCAUUGGGCCCGGUGAGCCCGCCUCCCUGGGGCCCACCUUCACCAACACAGGUGCCUCCACCCUGGUCAUUGGCCUGGCCUCCACUCAGGCACAGAGCGUGCCGGUCAUCAACAGCAUGGGCAGCAGCCUGACCACCCUGCAGCCAGUCCAGUUCUCCCAGCCACUGCACCCUUCCUACCAGCAGCCACUCAUGCCCCCCAUGCAGAGCCACGUGGCCCAGAGUCCCUUCAUGGCCACCAUGGCCCAGCUGCAGAGCCCCCACGCCCUCUACAGCCACAAGCCUGAGGUGGCCCAGUACACCCACACGGGCCUGCUUCCGCAGACCAUGCUCAUCACCGACACCACCAAUCUGAGUGCUCUGGCCAGCCUCACGCCCACCAAGCAGGUCUUCGCCUCAGACACGGAGGCCUCCAGUGAAUCCGGGCUGCAUACGCCGGCGUCUCAGACCACCACCAUCCACAUCCCCAGCCAGGACCCCGCCGGCAUCCAGCCCCUGCAGCCCACCCACCGGCUCAGCGCCAGCCCCACCGUGUCCUCCAGCAGCCUGGUGUUGUACCAGAGCUCCGACUCCAAUGACGGCCACAGCCACCUGCUGCCAUCCAACCACAGUGUCAUCGAGACCUUCAUUUCCACACAGAUGGCUUCAUCUUCCCAGUAA